AUGGCUUUGAUCAAGAGAAACGCCUUCUUCACUUCUUUACUUGUUCUCGUGGCUCUCUUUGGAGUUGCUGUUGGAGGAACUGUUCACAAAGUCGGCGACUCGAGCGGGUGGACUAUGAUGGGGGCCAAUUACGAAGCUUGGGCUUCUUCAAGAACUUUUCAAGUCGGAGACUCUUUAGUUUUCGAAUACAACAACGACUUCCACGACGUCACUGAAGUGACCCACAAUGAUUUCGUGCUGUGUGAAUCGUCUAAACCGUUAGCAAAAUACGAAACCGGGUUUGAUACGAUCAGUCUAACCAAACCGGGACUCCAAAACUUCAUAUGCGGAGUUCCUGGUCACUGUGACAUAGGACAAAAGCUUCAAAUCCUCGUCCUACCGGCCUCGUUGGGUCCUGUUGCAGCUCCGUUCCUAGACCGGUUCGAUCACCAAGCUCCAUCCCUUCUUCGUUUGCUUAUUCACCGGUUAAUAAUGGUCCACAGUAUCAGAUGGGACCAUCACCAGCUCCACAUAGCGCAGCUUCAACCUCUAGCGUUUGGAUCGGAUUCAGCGUCCUUUUACUUUCUCUUUUCAUCUUAG